GUGAAGUAAAGUUCCCGAAAACGACCGUUUCGACCACCGGGAUCCAGGCGUAGCAAUACGCCAGCAGCCAUUUUGCAUUUCUCGUACUCUCUCUCUCGCUCGAUCGCUCUCUCCUCUCCCGCGUAGCAUAACCGGAGAGAGAAUGAGAGCGGCUCCGUCAGCGGAGUGUCUGUGUGUUCUAGGAAAACAAGUCCUGCUCAAUGUGUAUCGAGACGCGAGUGUGAAUGCACAUGCUCCGUGCGCUCAGUGCGAUUUUUGUGUAGAGGUUCGAGAAAAGCGGUUCCGUUAAACUGCUGAAGGAGGCUGCUGAAGAACCGAUCUUCGGGCAACUGAUCAACUGAAGGAGCACGAACGAGAGCAAAGAGAGAGAGAGGAAGGAAGAUCGCCGAGGUGACGGGGGAGGAUACUUUUCUUUGUGGUGUGAAGAUAUUGUGCGUGUAGAGCAAUAGCGGAUGUCCUUCUGGGUGACGGAAAGGACCGCGCAAAGUAUGUGUGUUGUAGCGAGGUGGUGAUCCAGGUGGAAACGUGAAGAGAGAGAAAGAGAGAUGGGUGAGGAAGAUUGGAAGGAAGCAAAUCUAAGCGCGUGAAAGCACCGAGUGUAACACAAAGGAAGUGCAAGGAAGCAAGGAAUCGAGAGAAUUUGAUAACACAAGAGAGAUCAUCAACUAGUGCUGAUUUUGUAACGCGGUGUGGUUACAGUUACGGUUACAACAAUGAGUGCCAAUCGAGAUUUCGAACCGUUCGAGUUCGUGGAUGAGUCGUGGUGACCUCAAGGGUCGAAGAAGAAAGUAGUGAGUGGAUUCGGGGGCAUUGCGCGGUGUUGAAACAAAUGGAAGAAUUAACCCUAGUUUGAAAAGAAGAGUGCUACAAGAAACGAAACGAGCGUAGUGUGUUACACAUACGGUAACGGCUACCGGAAGAAUACACUAGAGUGCGGUGAGCAGAACUGGGAGCUGUCUCACGGAAGAGAGAUUCCCGCUUCACAACAGGACUGGGACAAUGUGGUUGAACGCGACGGCGGUGACCAUCCGGCGCAGGAGGUCGUCCGCCGGAAUGAGCUCGCAACUGUCGAACGUUUGGAUUAAAAUACUUGCGACGGGAUUCCUGCUGGCCGUGCUAGCCGACAGUGCCAACGGUUUUCUGUCCUGUUCGCCAUCACCGUGCAAAAAUGGCGGCACAUGCGUCAACAAACCGAACGGGGGAUCCUACUGCAACUGUACGUCGCGAUAUACCGGUGAAUUUUGUGAGUCCACGAAUCCGUGCUACAACGGGUCGGGUCCGCGGUGCCAGAACGGGGGCACCUGCGAGGUGACGUCCCGGGACGGCGUUCCGUCGUUCGUGUGUCGGUGCGCGAUCGGUUUUACCGCGAGUUUGUGCGAAAUUCCGGUGAAGAACGCGUGCGAUUCGUCUCCGUGCAACAACGGUGGAAGCUGCAAGCUGAAGACCCUGGACGACUACAGCUGCCUGUGCGCGAUCGGCUACUCGGGCAAAUACUGCGACAAGCAGAACCUGUGCGCCUCGUCGCCGUGCCGCAACGGCGGCACUUGCACCAUCUCGGGCGGCCACUUCAAGUGCGUCUGCCCGAAGGGAUUCAAGGGUGCAACCUGCUCCGAGGACAUCGAGGAGUGCAUCAAGAAUCCCUGCCUGAACGGUGGCAAAUGCGUCAACACGCACGGCUCGUACCAAUGCAUGUGUGAUGCCGGAUACACUGGCAAGAACUGCGAAUCGCCCUACAUUCCGUGCGCGCCGUCGCCGUGCCAAAACGGCGGAACCUGCAAGCAGUCGACCAAGUUCAACUACGAGUGCAAGUGUCCACCCGGUUUCCAAGGCAAAAACUGCGAGGAGAACAUUGACGACUGCCCGGGCAAUAUGUGCCAAAACGGUGGCACCUGUGUCGACGGGGUCAACGCGUAUCACUGCAAGUGCUCGCCGAGCUUUACCGGCGAGUACUGCGAAACGGACGUGGACGAAUGCGUGCAGCAGCCGACGAUCUGCAAGAACGGGGCCACCUGUACCAACACCCACGGCGGCUACAAUUGCAUCUGCGUCAACGGCUGGAACGGGCCGGACUGCAGCAACAACAUCGACGACUGCGUGGACGCGGCCUGUUUCAACGGGGCGACCUGCAUCGACGGCGUCGGAAGCUUCUACUGCCGGUGUACGCCCGGCAAGACGGGUCUGCUGUGCCAUCUGGACGACGCCUGCACCUCGAACCCGUGCCAUGCGGACGCCAUCUGCGACACCAGCCCGAUCAACGGGUCGUUCACGUGCUCGUGCGCAAUGGGCUACAAGGGCAUCGACUGCUCCGAGGACAUUGACGAGUGCGAUCAAGGAUCCCCCUGCGAACACAACGGCAUCUGCGUCAACACGCCCGGAUCGUUCGCGUGCAACUGCACCCAGGGCUUCACCGGACCGCGCUGCGAGACCAACGUCAACGAGUGCGAGUCGCACCCGUGCCAGAACGAGGGCAGCUGCCUGGACGACCCGGGCACCUUUCGCUGCGUGUGCAUGCCAGGUUUCACCGGAACCCAAUGCGAGAUUGACGUGGACGAGUGCGCCACGAACCCGUGCCUGAACGGGGGCAUCUGCCGCGAUCUGAUCAACUCGUUCAAGUGCACGUGCGCGAUCGGCUUCACCGGGAUGCGCUGCCAGAUCAACAUCGACGACUGUCUGUCGCAACCGUGUCGGAACGGCGGCAUCUGCCACGACUCGAUCGCGGGCUACACGUGCGAGUGCCCGCCCGGCUAUACGGGAAUGUCGUGCGAGACGAACAUCAACGACUGUCAGUCGAACCCCUGUCACCGGGGGAUCUGCGUCGACGGGGACAACUCGUUCAGCUGCCAGUGCAAUCCGGGCUACACCGGGUACCUGUGCCAGAUCCAGAUCAACGAGUGCGAAUCGAACCCGUGCCAGUUUGGCGGCCAUUGUGAGGAUCUGGUGGGGGGUUACAUCUGCCGGUGUCAGCCGGGAACUUCGGGGCCGAACUGCGAGGUCAACGUCAACGAGUGCCACAGCAAUCCGUGCCGGCACGGUGCCAAGUGCAUCGACGGUAUCAACCGGUACACGUGCCAGUGUGUUCCUGGGUUUACGGGCGUUCACUGCGAGACGAACAUCAACGAGUGCGCGUCGGAUCCUUGCGCGAACGGUGGAGUUUGUAUGGAUUUGGUCAACGGCUUCCGGUGCGAGUGUCCUCGGGGGUACUUUGACGCGCGUUGUUUGAGCGACGUGGACGAGUGUGCGUCGAACCCGUGCAUCAACGGAGGUCGCUGCGAGGAUGGGGUGAACCAGUUCAUCUGCCACUGCCCGCCCGGGUACGGAGGUCGUCGCUGCGAGACGGACAUUGACGAGUGCGGAUCGAACCCGUGCCAGCACGGCGGGAUUUGUCGCGACGGGUUGAACUCGUACACGUGCCAGUGCAUGCCGGGCUAUUCGGGACGCAACUGCGACAUCAACAUCGACGACUGCGUGAACAACCCGUGUCGGAACGGGGGGUCGUGCAUCGACCUGGUCAACGGGUACAAGUGCGUGUGUCGGGUGCCGUUCACCGGACGGGACUGCGAAUCGAAGAUGGACCCGUGCCUGCCGAACCGCUGUCGGAACGGAGCCAAGUGUUCGCCGUCGCCGAAUUACAUGGACUUUUCGUGCAGCUGCACGCUCGGCUACACCGGCCGACUCUGCGACGAGGACAUCAACGAGUGUGCGCUGUCUUCGCCGUGCCGGAAUGGGGCGACCUGUCGCAACACCAACGGUUCGUAUCAAUGCCUUUGCGCGAAGGGUUACGAGGGACGGGACUGCACCGUCAACACCGAUGACUGUGCGUCGUUCCCGUGCCAGAAUGGCGGGACGUGCUUGGAUGGAAUCGGCGAUUACACUUGUUUGUGCGUGGAUGGUUUCGAGGGGAAGCACUGCGAGGUGGACGUCAACGAGUGCCUGUCGAUGCCGUGCCAGAACGGGGCGACCUGCACGCAGUACGUGAACUCGUACACGUGCACGUGUCCGCUCGGGUUCUCCGGGAUGAACUGUCAGACGAACGACGAGGAUUGUACGGAGAGUUCGUGCAUGAACGGUGGGACGUGCAUCGACGGGAUCAACAGCUACAACUGCUCGUGCCAGGUUGGGUUUACGGGGUCCAACUGUCAGUACAAGAUCAACAAAUGCGACUCGCAACCAUGCCGGAAUGGGGCGACCUGCUACGACUACGAUAAUGACUACACGUGCCACUGCUCGUACGGUUACACGGGGAAGCAGUGCAUGGACUACGUCGACUGGUGCUCGCAGAGUCCGUGCGAAAAUGGAGCGACCUGCGUUCAGCGCGAGAACGUGUACCAGUGCGUGUGUGCCCCGGGAUGGACGGGGAAGCUGUGUGACGUGGAGAUGGUAUCCUGCAAGGACGCUGCCGCCCGGAAGAGCGUCGACGUGAAGCAGCUAUGCCACGAGGGAAGCUGCGAAGACUUUGGCAACUCGCACCGCUGUCACUGCCAGCAGGGCUACACCGGAUCAUACUGCCAGAAGGAGAUCAACGAGUGCGAGAGUCAACCCUGUCGGAACGGGGGGCACUGCAAAGAUUUGAUCGGGGCGUACAAGUGCAUCUGCAAGAAGGGCUUCCAGGGCCAGAACUGCGAGUUGAACAUUGACGAGUGCAAGCCGAAUCCGUGUCGUAAUGGGGGAAUCUGCCACGAUCUAAUCAACGACUACAAGUGCUCGUGCCCGCCGGGAACGCUCGGUGUGCUGUGCGAGAUCAACACGGACGACUGUGUGCCGGGGGCGUGCCACAACAACGGGAGCUGCAUCGACAAGGUGGGUGGGUUCGAGUGCCGUUGUCCGCCUGGAUUUGUGGGAUCGCGCUGCGAGGGAGACAUCAACGAGUGCUUGUCGAAUCCUUGCUCGAACCCGGGUACGCUGGACUGCGUCCAGCUGGUGAACGACUACCAUUGUAACUGCAAGCCUGGCCACAUGGGACGGCACUGCGAGAUUAAGGUUGAUUUUUGUGCGAAUUCGCCGUGCUUGAACGGUGGGCUGUGCUCGACGCGUCAGUCCGGUCAUCACUGCGUGUGCGCAGAUGGAUAUUAUGGAAAGAAUUGUGAGUUUUCCGGACACGAUUGCGACUCGAACCCGUGCAUCAAUGGGUUGUGCCAGAUUGCGGACGACGGCGGGUAUCGCUGCGAGUGCCCGUUGGGAACGAGUGGAAUCAACUGCGAGAUUGAUAUUUUGGACGAGUGCGGGUCGAGUCCGUGCGAUCGGGGAGCGGCCUGUCAGAACAAGCUGGGGGAUUUCGAGUGCUUCUGUCCGCCCAAGUGGGCAGGGAAGACGUGCAAUCUGUACGACCCGAUGUACAAGGGCUGGUUCGAGAGUGCGAGCAAGAAGAAGGUCGGCAUUUUGAACACGUACGCGAUUGAUCUGGAGUACCAGCGGGCGCAGUGCAUCAAGAAGGGCUGCCGGGAGAAGCAGGGCAACCACCGGUGUGACGAGGAGUGCAACACGUACGCGUGCGACUUUGACGGGAACGACUGCUCGCUGGGGAUCAACCCGUGGCUGAACUGCACCGCCAGCAUCAACUGCUGGGAGGUGUUUAUGGACGGGUUCUGCAACGAGGAGUGCAACAAUGCGCAGUGUCUGUUUGACGGGCGGGACUGCGAGAAAAAGCUGCAGCCGUGCAAUCCGGUGUACGACGCGUACUGUCAGAAGCACUACGCGAACGGGUUCUGCGACUACGGAUGUAAUAACGCCGAGUGUAACUGGGACGGGCUGGACUGUGAGAACGAGAAGGAACCGGCGCAGCUUGCGGAGGGCGCGAUUUCGAUCAUCCUGCUGAUGGAUUUGGAGACGUUCAAGAAGACGUCGGUGCAGUUCCUGCGAGACUUGGGACAUCAGCUGCGCACGACGGUGCGGAUUAAGAAGAACAGCGCCGGCAUGGAGAUGAUCUACCCGUGGAAGGGGAAUAGUGCGCUGCCGGGACUGGCCGAGAGCGAGUUUGGACGGAAGCAUCACGUGGUUUAUACGGAGGCGCGUCAAACGGGCAUUCAGGUGUUUUUGGAGCUGGACAACCGCAAGUGCAUUGGACGGACCGGGGCGGAGUGCUUUGGCAGUGCGAACGAAGCGGCGGAGUUCUUGGCAGCGACGGCGUCCAAGCACUCGCUGCUGAAGAACUUCCCGAUCUACCAGGUCAAGGGUGUGAACCCGGAUGACGAUGGGUUGCCGGAACCGACGAAUGGAAGCUACGUGAUUCUUGGGGUGUUUAUCGGACUGUUGCUGUUUGCGAUGUGCGGAGUGUUGGUUGCGAACAGGAAGCGUGCCCACGGCAUAACUUGGUUCCCGGAGGGCUUCCUGACGGCGAACACGAACGUACGCAGACCUUCGCGACGUCGUCCGGACGGGCAGGAGAUGCGAAACCUGAACAAGAACCCUUCGAUGGUGGACAUGUCCAACGGGCACAUGGGCCAUGCCCAGCAGUGGUGCAACAGCGACGACGAGUCGGAGAUGCCACAGCCGAAGCGAAUCCGCGGCAUUGAUCAGGGCUAUUCGAGUGACCACACGGCCAUUACGGACUACGAGGAGACGGAACCGCGGGUUUGGUCGCAGCAGCACUUUGAAGCGGCCGACAUUCGGGACCAUCCGGCGAUGAUGACGCCGCCGACGCACCACGACGGAGGUCACAACGAGGUGGAUGUGCGUGGACCUUGCGGCAUGACUCCGCUGAUGGUGGCGGCGGUUCGCGGUGGAGGAAUGGACUCGGGAGAGGACGUCGACUCGACGGACGACACGACGGCGCAGAUUAUUUCGGAACUGGUUGCGCAGGGCGCCGAGUUGAACGCCACCAUGGACAAGACGGGCGAGACUUCGUUGCAUUUGGCGGCGAGAUACGCACGAGCUGAUGCUGCGAAGAGGUUGCUGGACGCUGGAGCCGAUGCUAACAGUCAGGACAACACUGGAAGAACUCCGCUGCACGCGGCUGUGGCCGCCGACGCCAUGGGCGUGUUCCAGAUCUUGCUGAGGAACCGAGCGACCAACUUGAACGCCCGCAUGCACGACGGAACUACGCCGUUGAUCCUCGCUGCCCGACUCGCGAUCGAAGGAAUGGUUGAAGAUCUGAUCACGGCCGACGCCGACAUCAACGCGUCGGACAACAGUGCCAAGACGGCGCUUCACUGGGCCGCCGCCGUCAACAACGUGGACGCGGUGAACAUCCUGCUCACGCACGGUGCCAACCGGGACGCUCAGGACGAAAAGGACGAAACGCCACUCUUCUUGGCGGCCCGCGAGGGCAGCUUCGAGGCGUGCAAAGCCCUGCUGGACAACUUUGCCAACCGAGACAUCACCGACCACAUGGACCGGUUACCGCGGGACGUCGCCAGCGAGCGGAUACACACGGACAUAGUGCGGCUGCUGGACGAGCACGUGCCGCGCAGCCCCCAGAUGGUCACGACCAUCCCGAACACGAUCAUGUCGCCGACGUCGCACCCGCACAUGAUCACCCACCCGACGAUCAUCGCGGCGACCAAGGUCAACAAGCAGAAGAAGCGCGCCAAGGUGAACGGCGGCAUGGUCGUCCCGCAAAACCCAAACAGCCCGGAGAACGUCACGGACGGCAGCAUCCGGCGAAAGGCCGUGGCUAAGAAGCCGGGCGCCAAGAAGAACAACAACAACGCGAUGGCCGGCGACAUCCAGAUGACGGACGACGGUCUGAGCUCGGUGGAAUCGCCCCUGGCGAACAUCCCCAGCCCGUACGACACGGUGUCGCUGUACUCGAACGCGAUGGCCGUGCACCAGAUCGACCCGAUGACCGGCAACAAGAAGCCACCGAGCUACGAGGACUGCAUCAAGAGCGCCCAAUCGAUGCAAUCGCUGCACAACAUCAACCUGGACAACUACGGCUACUCGAUGGGUGGCGGCCAGGGCCAGGGCCAGGGCAACACGCCCUUCCAGGACCUGAUGAUGAACCAGCGGAGCAACGGCGGCAACGGCAUGAUGAUGCACGCGAUGCACGUGAUGGGCGAGAGUGGCCUCAGCCCGCCGUACUCGAACCAGUCGCCGCCGCACUCGGUCCAGAGCAACCUGGCGCUGUCCCCGCAGGGCUAUAUCGGUAAGUUACGACCCGCGACACGCUUGGAAAUUACAAAUUACUCAAGGGUUUCACUAUUUCCAGGUUCCCCCUCACCCGCCAAGACCCGUCCGAGUCUGCCGACGUCGCCGACGCACAUCCAGGCGAUGCGGCACGCGCAGCAGCAAAAGCACGGCGUCCAAAUGAUCUCCAGCAACGGAAGUAUGCAGCAGCAGCAGCAGCAACAGCAACAGCAGCAGCAAAGCAGUAUAGGCUGUGGGCAGCAGCAGGGCAGUAGUAGUAGCAACAGCAACAACAACUCAAACAGUGCAAUGUUGGCCAGUUUGCAGAUGAACUUUGUCAACGGGUCCAGCGGGCUGGAACUGGCCGGGUUCUGCAGUCCUACGGGUCAAGGAUCUCAAGCGUCGACUUCGCAGAACACGACCGCCACCACCAUCUCGUCGCCGUCGAGCUCGACCAUGUCGCACCUGUCGCCGAUGUCGUCGGCGUCGGCCCACUGCCAGCAGUCGACGCUCAACAGCCAGCAGUCGUCGUUCUACCAGUAUCUGACGCCACCGAGCCAGCACAGCGGGGGCGUGACGCCGCAGCACCUGGUCCAGACGCUGGACAGCUACCCGACGCCAUCGCCGGAAUCGCCCGGCCACUGGUCAAGUUCCUCGCCCCACUCGACCUCGGACUGGUCCGAGGGCGUCCAGUCGCCGGCCGCGGCCAACAUGAACGUGUACGUGACGAGCGCCCCGGCGGGAGGCGGCGGCGCCGGCGGUCACCAGGCCAACAAGGGAUCCGAAGCGAUCUACAUCUAAGGUAUGAGAAAGGAGACAAGUGCCUCGUCCCCCCCUCCCCUCCACUUUGGCGCGACGUCGCCAGAGCGUGAUGAUAGUGAUAAUUUAUUCGAUAAUUUAACUAAUUUUAAACGAAUUUGUUGUAAAAGACUUCCUCUCUACGAAACGUGCUAAGAUUUAUCAGCGAUUUUUUUUAUGUGUGUGCGAGCCGAACGAAUGAAUGCGUGAAUGGGUGCAAACAUUCCCGGAGAAACGGAACGGGAAUUUACUUGCGUUAAGACAAGCUACUAUUAAAGGGAAAACAACAAUGUUUUUAAAGGCACAAAAAAGACAACAAUUAGACAAACGAAAAAAGACAAACAGAAUGUACAAUAUACUUAUAAAUAUAUUUUACUUUUGAACUACUUUAAAACAAAUUUUAACACGCGUACAUGUUUUAAUUUGACAAACAUAAAUAAAGAGAAAAGUGCUUCCAGGAGAAAGAAAGGAACGCGCAGCAAGAUUCCACAGAAAAAAAAAAACGUUUCCCUUUUUAUUUGUUGUAUAAAGUAAAAAAAAAAUGUGGACAAGCAACACUCAAAAAAUAUGGUCUGAUUAUAAGUUAGUAUUUUUUAACUGUUCCACUCAAAUGCGUCGUGCUACAACUAGCGAGUAAACGAGAACUUAAUACAAACAGAGAGGCGCGUGACGCGCACAACCUUUUUAAACACUAAAUCGGAGGGCUAGGAAUGCCCAAACUCCCCCCCCAAUUUGUAGAUGUUGUACAUAGUCAGAAUAAAGUAAAAAAUCUAUUGAAAUUAUUGUAAUAUUUUAUUGAGAAUUUUUUUAAGUGCGAAUACAAGCGACGAUUAAGGCGAGCCGCUUCGCGGCCCGCCAUUUUACACCUAGCAACUAGUGUAGAAAAUAAAAAUCUCUUUUUUACUCUCUGAAACGCAGAAAUCAAGACAAAAAAAAACAAAAUCUCUCUAGAGCGAUACAGCAGUUUUAAAAAUUUCUUGUUAAAAGGUUAGUUAAUGUUUUGAAUGCCGAACAAAAAAGUGAAUCUCAACGCAAAAGCUGCAAACACCAGUGACGACAAUCCAGAACGAAUCGCGCACCCUCGAUAUGCAAUAAUUUGAAACUAAUCAGUACAGCUGACGCGACCGCGUCCCCCAACCUCUCUCUCUAUAUCAUCAAAAGUUUAAUUAAAUCUCAGUAUACUCCUCUGCUCAUGACGGAAAGAGCAUCAGAAGGUAGUCUCUAUUUACGCAGCGAAUGUAAGAUUAUUUUCUAGAGUGGGCUGUUUUAUUUUUUUUUACAAUUCUAUUAGUUAUGUUUAGCGAAAGAAAAUGAAAGUGCUCGAGAAGAAUUUUGACACAGGAAGCAUAAACACACACAAACACGCAAACGCAACAGAGAUAUAAUAUAGGCGAUAUUUGUCUGACGAUUUUAUAAAAGAGAUGAAAACAAUAAAAACUGUAUAAAAUUUUAUUUCAUAAAA